AUGGUAGGUUUGUUUUGUUAGCGUACCGUACGUUCUCAAGAACGACUUUAGAAAGACAGAAGCAGCUACUUCAUUAUUUAAUUUUCUGUUCAUUCAAAAAUGAGUGAUAAAUUUCGGCAAAGGAAAACCCAUGAUUCGAAAUUCGGGCACAAAUACGAAGCAAGUUCCUCUAAUAGUGAUCGUCCUCCUCCAGGACUUAGAGGAAAGCAAAUAGGUUUAUGGUACGCUAACAGAAAUAGGCUUAAGAGGGCUGCUGACACAAGCGGUAUAGAUCAAGAAGCACGGCUCAAGCGUAAAGAAGAAAAGCUGGAAUUAAGACAAAAAGCAACAGAUAAAAAACCACUUGCCACGAUUAAACUUUCUGAUAAUAAGAAAUCCCACAUUGAUUCACUGUUACACAUUAAAUCAGAUAGUUUGAUGGAUACAGAAGAUAUAGAUACAAACUUUAAAAGUGAAUUUUUAAGACAUAUAUGUGGAAGUAUCAUGGACAAAUUGAAUUCAAGUAUAAGCGAGAAUAUUAUUAAUAAAGAUGAAAAGUUGGACAAGGUAUUUUAUGGUGAAUUAGAAGGUAAACAUGGUUUACCAUCGUAUGAGAAAAUGUUAAAUGUAAGGAAAAAGCUACCUUCAAUGAGCAUGAGAGAAGAGAUUUUAAAUUUGAUUAAUAACAACCAGAUUGUCGUUAUUAGUGGGGAAACAGGUUGUGGCAAGACGACGCAAGUUGCCCAGUUCAUUUUAGACGAUCAUAUCGAACAUAUGAAAGGGUCCGUGUGCAAAAUAGUGUGUACACAACCACGUAGAAUAAGCGCUAUAUCAGUAGCGGAAAGAGUUGCGGAAGAAAGAGACGAGAAGUUAGGACACAGUGUCGGUUUUCAGAUUAGAUUAGAAAAGAUAGCUCCUAGAGAUAAAGGCUCGAUUCUAUAUUGUACAACAGGAGUGUUGUUGAAAUUCAUGGAGUCAGACCCAUCUUUGGCCAGUGUUUCCCAUCUGAUAAUCGAUGAGAUACACGAAAGAGAUGUGAUAUCGGACUUUUUAAUUACCGUUCUAAAAGAUGUAAUACGUUUUAGGAAGGAUUUGAAGAUUAUACUCAUGAGCGCAACACUAAACGCAGAAGCAUUUUCCCGAUACUACAAUAAUGCUCCCCACAUUAAUAUUCCUGGUUUCACUUAUCCGGUACAAGAGUAUUUUUUGGAGGAUGUUCUUCAGAAGACGCGCUUUGUGUUUGAGGAAUCCCACACGCCAAUAUGGAUACAAAAAAAGAAUUGGGAAGAAACUGAAGCAGUACUUAAAGAUCGAACGGAUUACGUAGAACCGUACAUUCGCAAGCUUCAGUCGGAAAAUUUGUAUGACAGACAUGUUUUGAACGAAUUACGCAAGCCCGAGAGUGAAAAAUUGAACGUGAAAUUGAUUUUUGCGUUGCUGAAGUAUAUCUGUCAAAAGGAGAAAAUCAAUGGUGCUAUAUUAGUGUUCGUGACUGGGUUCGCCGAAAUCCAAGGCCUCAUGAAACUAAUGGAGCAGUCUUAUCAAUUCCCAUCUUACAAAUACAAAAUUUUUCCUCUGCACUCUCAACUGCCUACAACAGAGCAAAGACAGAUAUUUUUGCCUGCACCGCAAGGAACGACGAAAAUAAUUAUAGCAACAAAUAUAGCGGAAACAUCAAUUACUAUUGACGAUGUCACUGUUGUCAUAGAUUGUGGAUUUAUAAAAAUGUCAAAUGUGGACCCGCAGACUGGUAUUGAAACGUUACAACCUGAAAGGGUAACAUGGGCGAACGCUUCACAACGUAAAGGUAGAGCAGGGCGAGUACAAGCAGGUGUAUGUUAUCAUUUGAUCAGUAAAGUUCGUUACGAGAUGCUUGACAGGUUUCAAAAACCGGAAGUUCUACGAAAACGACUGGAGAGUGUCAUUCUCCAAUUAAAAAUGUUGCAAUGUGUCUGUUAA